AUGAAAAAGAUUCACAUCGCCAAACAACUCGGCAUCACUCAUAGUUGUGUGAGUAAAGUGCUGAAGAAGUACCAGGAUACGGGAAUCGUUGAAGCGCGAACUUGCCGCACACCGUCGUGUUCGUGCUCUGGAUAUGCACCCAAUCACGACGAUGCCAGGUUCUGUCGACACAUACGCACCAAGCGUUUGCCCUUCAAUAUUGAGAAGUUAGUGAAUUGA